AUGUCUCGUGUUGGUGCCAAGACCUGGCAGUCGUAUGCGUCGCCUUUUGCCGCCUUUGUGCGUUUCUGUGUGGAGGAAGGUUUGGAGUUUCUCCGGGCCUCCCAUUAUGCCGGGCUCUUGUGGAGUCAGUUUCUCGCUGCCAAGGGCUCCAUCCAAGUCCGCACAGCGCAGCCUUAUUUCAGUGCUAUUAUCUCCGUGCAUGACUUGCUUGGGUACCCUAAGCCCUGUGUCGGAGACAACACCCUGUUGGCCGCGUUUCGUCGAGGUUGGGAGUGCUUGCAGCGCUCAAUGGUGCCUGCUUCCGCGCUCGUGUUGGCCUUUAGUGCAGGUGAUGCUUGGCAUCUUUAUGAGCAGUUGGCCGUGGUACCCGUUGGCUCCGAGUUGGCCUUGCCGUUGUUGUUCGUCGUGUUGAGUUUCUGUCUCUUGCUUCGCCCAGACUUUCUGCUGUCGGUAACCUGGUGNGCUGUCCGUCAGCGUUUUUUGCGUGAUCCGUCGCGGUUGUGGCUGGCGGGCCAGGCCAACGUUAUGGAGACGCAGCAGGAGCCCCUCGGCCAGAAGAGCAGCCGCCAGGAUGGGGAUGAGGGAGAUGAUGGGGACUACAGCGGGGAGGACGAGGGCGAGGGCGAGUGCGCGGAGGAUGAGGGCGGGGAGGAUGAGGGUGGGGAGGACGGGGACUGGCCGUACGAGAGCGGGGAUUACAUGGGCGGGGAGGACGAGGACUGGGAGGACAAGGGAGGGGAGGAUGAGGGAGGGGAGGAGGACGAGGGGACGGGGGGCAAAGUCCUGCUCGAGGAGUACGGCAGAAGCAAGAGCCAGAAGGUCCACAGCAAGUCCGCGCCUCAACCAACUGGGCGCCGCAAGGUCCUGGUGACCGGAAAACAUGACAAAGGGGCAUUGGAUGCCAGAGGGCGGCCCACGCGCCUGAGGCAACCCUCGGCGAAGGCGCGGGAGAGCCAAGAAACGGUGGGCAUGGUGGUGCCUGCACGAACCAAGCGUCCACGCCCUAAGGAAACCCCACUGGUGUUGCCGGAGGACCCUUCGGCUUUCGGGGCAACAGCGUCAAACCCCGCAGAGAGGAAGGAAGCGUUUGGUGUCGGUAAAGGCCGAGCUGUACAGACCCGCGGGGCUAAGGUGCAGCAGGAGAAGGGCAAGAAGGCCAUGGCAGAGAUUCGGAAGGGGGGACUGAAGAAGCAGCGGAGGUAGCAGACCGCGGGCAGUGAUCAGGAACCUGGAGGGCGCCUUGUCACGACAUUUUAGCGUCAUGUUCAUUUUACCGUCUUUUAUAAUCGUCUUUUAUAGUCUGCCGUACGCACGUGCACGUGCGAACAAAACACGUGUUUUGUUCGGUGCUACAGUCGUAUGACACGACAGCCUGCAGUUUCAAGUGAUUCUUAAUGUUGACUAAAGAAGGGCCUAUAGUCCUCGUGGUACCGAUUGAGAGAUGUGAGCAGGUUGUAGUAGGCCAUUGGGCAAUGCUUUGUGUAGGAUAAUAUGAACCCGCUAUGAAGCUGGUAAUCGCUGUUUAAUGCGUAAGAGUUUGGUCGGUUAACGUCCUGAUAAUAUCUAUGUUAUUGCCCCAUUACCGGGGACAUUCUUGUAACUGGCCGCCUG